AUGUCCCCAUCGACACUCGUCCAAUCACCUCGACCUGUCAGACCCACCCUCAAACCUCUCACUUCCCUUUCAACCGUCCCGUCCGAACUCGACCUGCACAUGAAGAAUCACCGAUCAUACUCUGUCUCUUCGUCGAUUUCUACCACCAGUAGCUCAAGUACAUAUAGUAGAGCGGCGGAUGAUAUGAUUGAUAGACUUGCUGGACAGGAGACGCAUGCCACUAUCGAUCUAUGGUCAGGAGGCAAUAUCCGCCUGAAUGGUCGAGAUCUCACCGCUACUGCUCGAGAUGCCGAGGACCUCCUGCAUGCGUUGAAGGAAGAUGGGAGGUUCGAAUUUGUAAAAUUGACUCUCUUCGAUGAAGAAGGUGAAGAUUGGAAGAUCUCUUUCCGAAGAUCGAACGUUAGUAUCGCUUCACCCGUCAUUUCCGAUUCAGAGUAA